CCCGAAAUCCGGGGAUGCUAUUCUAAAUCCCAGCCAAUUUUUUUUUCAUAUUUACAAUAUUAUAUUAUAUUUAAAAAAUUUAAAAUACUUAUGCCCGAAGCAAUACAGUACUAUAUUGUGAAUUGUCUUAACAAGAACAAGCACUUAAGAAUAAAAUCUGAAUUCAAUUACGAUUUUACAAAAUAUAAGUCUUCACAGUUUUUAUAAAUUAGAAGCUGGCGAAAGUUAUUGGUUGUUUUGUAUUUUGUGCUUUCCUAGUACAAUUAAAAUUCUUACAACUGAUUAUGUUCUUUGUAUAUUCAAUUGCCUUUUAUCGUUUUUAACAAAGUGUCGUUAUCAAUAGUAUUUACUAUGUCGCGCGAAACAUUAAUAAAGGAAAUAUUUUCUGGAGCGGCCAACGUUUCUACUGGAGAGUCUGUUCUAUCACUGAAUAGCCUACAGAAAUUUGCUGCUACUAGAAAGCGGCAUCUUUCAUUACAACCAGCAGAAAAAUCUUCAGAUUCGCAACAAACUUCAACAUCUAACUCUAAACCGCCAGUUGUAAGCCAAAAAUUUUGGAGUCGUUUCUAUAGUUUAGAAUGCCAACUAAACGAUGCUUUGCACGCUAUUGAAAAGCCAUCAAAUAUAACACAUGUGUACAAUCCAUUGGUUUAUGCCUCAAACUUACACUGUGCUUACUUGGAAAAAUUCUUAGAUGGACCGAAGCGGGUUGUUUUCGUUGGCAUGAAUCCUGGUCCGAAUGGAAUGGGUCAAACUGGUGUACCAUUUGGUAACAUAUUAACUGUUCGUAAUGAGAUGGGAUUGUCCGGUACGGUUAUGCAACCCCCUUCGGUACAUUUGAAGCGUCCUGUGGACGGUUUGGAGUGUAUUAUAGAAGAACCAAGUGGUGUGCGGAUAUGGGGUUUAUUUAAAAAGCUGGCGGGAGGAUCUUUGAUGACUUUUGGGAAAAAUUGCUUUGUACAUAAUUUUUGUCCGUUAAUUUUUUACGACAAAGACGGAAGAAAUAUUACGCCUUGUGAAUUGAAGGGAGAUUAUAAAACUAUUAUUGGAAAGUUGUGUUUGGACGCUCUUGAUAAAGAGAUAGAUUUAUUGGACCCGGAGGUACUAGUACCAAUAGGAGCGUAUAUAAAAGGAAUGAUCAAACGUUCUCGACAUGCGAAUUCCUUUAAAGUUUGUACACUUCAUCAUCCAAGUCCUCGUGCAUUGAAUAAUCAGAAUUGGCCUGAAAGGGCCGAAGAACUUUUACAUAAAUAUGAUCUUGUUAAGUAUAUAAGCAAUGAAGUAUGAUACCCAAGAAUGGUAGAAAUACCCUUGUAUAUUACGUAUGAGCAUACGUAUAUUAAAUCAAUMUGACAUCCAAUCAGUAACUAAAGUACAAACAAAGCAAUGGGCUUAAACAAUUGAGCUAAUUUUUUUCAAAGUGAAAUGUAUUAUUUUUUUAAAAAGGAGUUCAUAAAAUCAAAAUUUAAAAAAAAGAUUUAUAUUUGAGUUGAUUCCACUGUUUCGAUGGAAGUAAAAUAUGUUAUACAUAUGCAUUAUUUUUUGAGCAAAUCCACAAAAUUACAAGAAUGAAUGAAAUUCAAUUUUUUUUAUUGAAGUAAAAUAAAUAACAUAUUAUAUAAAUACAUUCUUUUUAGUAUGUGUUUCAAGUAGUGUAAGACAUGUUUUGAAUAAGAAUUUAAUAAUUGCACAAUUUAUUUCAAUUUGUCCUGCAGAAACGCCGAAGCUAGAAUAUUCUACACUAUUAAAAACAAGUUCAAUACCACAAGAACUUGAUUUUGUUAGGUCAGUUUGUAUGACAAUUAUAUGCUAUAGUUAUCCGAUUCGAAAAAUUUAUUUGGAUAAUAUAGAGAUGCCUUAAGUUCUACCCAAAAUUUCGUGGUGAUACUUGCCAAAUAUAAAAGUUUUCCCAGCAA